AACAUGGCCGAGGAUAAAGACUUUGAGCUCUUACAAAAAUUAGAAAACCUGAAGGAAUUGCGGUCGAGAACCAUUCAUCUCGAAAAAGUCAAGUCAAGGCUUCGUCAAGAAUUUGAAGCAGCCGAAACUGAAGAGAAAUGCUUGGAAGAUUACAAGCAGGAGAUGGAACUGCUCCUGCAGGAGAAGAUGGCUCAUGUGGAGGAGCUAAGACUGAUUCAUGCUGAUAUCAAUCUGAUGGAGAGCACUAUCAAGCAAGCUGAAGAAGAGAGGUGCCGAGCUCUGGAGGGUGCCAAAAGGCUGUAUGAUGAGUAUAAGCCUGUGAAACACCAGGUGGAUGUCCUGAGAUGUGGGAUGGGCCUGGAAAAGUUACCUGGCCUUCAAGAUGAGGAGGAGAAACUCACACCUGAAUAUUUUGACAAGCCAAGUUCUCAUGAACAGUGGCCCGUAGAAGCUCAGGAACCUCCCAUUCCCCAGACGCUGGUUGCAGCAGCUGCAGCUGCGCAGCAGAUACAGGUGCCGCGACCGAAAACAGAGCGCCAAGCCUUCAGGCAACAACCUCCCCCAAUGAAAGCUUGUCUGUCCUGUCAUCAGCAAAUCCACCGCAAUGCACCAAUUUGCCCAUUGUGUAAAGCCAAGAGUCGAUCCAGAAAUCCCAAGCGUCCAAAGAGAAAGCAAGAGGACUGAUUGAUGCAGUUUGGGGACAUCAUAUCAUCUUUCUUCUACAAGAGUAACCAGUGUUUUUAUUUCAUACCCAUAUUCUUAUUUAUUAAAGUGCUUCAGGCAAGGUGUGUAGGUGAUGACACCAUCAUCAACAUCAGGGAUUUCCUCUUACAAAAAUGUAAGUGUUUAAGUUUGUUGACACUGGUUAUCUCUCAUACAAUGCCCAACAAUUAGACAUACUUGAAAAUGUGGCUGUAACCCCUAACCUACAAACAGUUGAAGAGGACAUCCCGUUUUUUGUUUUUUUUUGUUUAUAUAUGUGAAAAGAUGUAUGAGCACUUCAUAUACCCUCUAAAGAACGAACCUAACCAAAUGUGGUAAAUUACUUAAAGUAAAAGAAAGCUAAAAUAUGAAGUAAGGUUUAUCAUAUAGACAACUGAAAACUAUACGUAAAAAUACUUUUAUUUAGUUUUUCUUAGAGUGUUGGAAGACAUUCAGAUACAUGUAUUUGAAUACUAUGGUGGGCUUUAUGAGCCAUAUUGACUGUAUCUGGGAACUCUGACAUCACAUCACCUUUUUUCCAGACGGAAGGAAUUUUUGGGAGCAGUAUUUCAGUAAUCCUUUACUCUUAGGUGAAAAGAGUUAUUCCAACAUUCAGUGUCAUAAUUAGAGCUGGAAAAGCU